AUGUUAAGUCAAAACUUGGACAUGAAUCUCAAUGCUCUUUCAUUCGCACUUGGUCAAAUAUCUUUGACAAUCAAAAGAUUAUCAAAGGAAAACUUCACAAAUUCCUACGCAGAAAUAUCGAAUCUCGUUGAUGAACACGGAUUUGAAGCUGAACGACAUUUAUAUCAAAUAUUAGUCAAUUAUCUCGAUUUGCAAUCUAAUGACGAAACUGUUCAGAUCAGCUAUUGGCAACACGAAAUUCCAACGUUGAUCUCAAAACCAAAUUUUACCAUGUUGAUUUGUUAUGCAUUUGAUACAGCCAUUACACAGAAGUCGUUGAAGAUUUUCGAUGGAUUCUUCACGGCUUUGUCGAAUGUACUGAAAUUGAAUCAAGUGCAGGAAUUGAUUUUUACACUCGCUUUGCAUAAUUCAAUGCAUGAUGAAUUGACAACUUUAGCAUGGGAACAUCUUCGGAGAUGUUUACCUGGUCUCCUUCGAACUACAAUCGGCGAUAAUGGAAUGAAUGAAACGGGUGUAAACAAUCUACCUAUCGAAGUUCUUCACUCGUUGUUACUAUUUUUGUCCAAUGAAUCAGUAAAAUUAUUGAUUGAAGCCGAAGACUUGGAAAAUUUUCUCGAUAAACUUCGUACAGAAUAUCCGAAAGAAAAAAUAAGUCAAAAUGGUUCUGUGAUACUUUCCCCAUUACUUUAUCCAUCGAAUACAUCAUCAGUCAAUCUUUCUCUUAAUCAAAUAUUAUCCGAUUCCAGUAAUCUCUCUAAAUCAGUGUGGCAAAUGGAUGGAUCUUUAGCGGAUAUGAUACUUGAAAUAGGUUACAGUUUUACCGCUUCCAUUGAAGAUUGUCGGAAAACUCUUGUACAUUUUGGUGUGCAAGAAAUUGAACCAAUGACUGUUGCUCGAAUCAUUUCUGCAAUGAUAAAGACUCAUUCUGGUCUGAGUAAUGAUACGUCUAUCUUGGAUUCAAAUGGCAAUGAUCUGAUCGUAACUACAGAGGAGCAAUCAUUUCAAACAUGGAAUAUUGACACAUUUGUUCUUGUCAUUAAUGAUUUGAUUCCCACAAUGAAUUGGAAACAUGUGGUGAAAGAAUUGGAUCAUACCGGCUUUUUCGUACGUGAUCGACAAGGAUUAAUCCUUCUUAUUGCAGCACUUCGACGGGUUAUUCGAACAGAACUCUAUAUCAAUUUACUCUACAGUCCAUGGCAGAAUCCUGAGGGACAAUUAUCGUGGUUAGUCCAAGCGAUCCGUCAUCCGGAUGUUUUUUGUUUCGGAGAUUAUCCUGUACAUGUCGUCUCAAGUGAUUGUCUGCAAUACGCCAUUGAUGAUACAAAAGAAACAAGAACUUGGCGUUCGCUGAGUUUAAUCGAAUGUUUAUUACAAAUAGCCAAUAUGGGAUUACACUCAGCUGUAUUCGAGGUGUUUGAAUAUGGAAUACAACGAGCCUGUGAAUUGAUUUUUCUUAGUUUCAUUCAACUUCAUACUCUCUGGACGAGAUUAAAACAAGAAUUACUACAACUAAUUAUUCCAUUGUUAUUUGUCAGAAGUCCCAAUGCAAAUGUUUUACUUAAUUACAUGUGGAAUUUUCAGUCUCAAACAGAACGAUUACGUACAACAUUAUUAACAUCCUUAGCUGAUUGGUAUACUCGUGCAAAUGACAAUGAUCAACAGCAGCAACAACGACUAGGUCGUAUUCUAGAAAUAGUACAAGACUUGAAAUGUUUACCGGUGUUGCUUGGAGCACAGCCGAUAUUCUUCGUAUUAGAUCUUGCUUGUUUGGCAUCUCGACGUGGAUAUUUAAAACUGGAUAAGUGGCUAUUCGAUAGACUAUGUGUACACAGAGAAUUUCUCAUUGAAACCAUCGUUCAAUAUCUACGUAGAAAAACUCCUCAGUUAUUCGUUCCAUUUUCUCCAUCGAAAGUCGAUUCUAUUUUGAGAUCUCCGAUUAACAUUGAAACAAUUCAGACUCUCUUCACUGUGUUACAAAGUCAUUUGUCUUCGAUCGAAAACAGUGUUCUUAGUCAAGAAAUUCAAACAAUGUUAUCAACAGCAAAAUAUUUCUCAAAUUGCAAAAAAAUGAUGAUGGAUCCAAGUGAACAUCUUCUCAGUACGACUGGUAAUGAUCCAUUAGGAAUUGGCUCAUCAUCGUCAACAACUACACCGACUUCGUCAGCAACAAUGGGUGAAAUCGCUGAUGUUGAUGUUUAUUUCAAACGUCUCUAUUCUACGGGAGGCAACUCACCACCAAUAUCUGUCGAUGAAUUUCUUGAUAUCAUGGCUCGAUGUAAAGAUUCUCAAAUUCCACGAGAAAAAGAAAUUUUUCACAAUGGCAUUAAAAAUUUGCUUGAAGAAUAUAAAUUUUUUGCUCAAUAUCCCACCCGAGAAUUAAUUUUAACAGCACAAUUAUUUGGAGGCCUUUUAGAACGAAAUUUAUUUCAACAGCGAACACCAGACGCUUCUCAAGAUAUCUUAGACGGUUUGAAAGAACCAGUUACUUCGAAUCUCUGGAAGUUCGCUGUUGUAGCAUUGGACAGAUGUAAAACAAGAGUUCGCGAUCAACCUGCAUUUGUUCGCGAAUUACGAGCUUCACCAACUUACUUAGAUAUUCCAAGAAGUAUUCGAGAAUGUCUUGAGCACGGUACGAAACUAACCAUGCCACAGCAAUUUGAUCCAUUACGAACAAUAACUCCCACAUCAACCUUACCGCUUCCAACAACCGCUAGUCCUCAAUCACAAGUAUCUCAUUUAUCUAUGACUCCGGCAAAUAUGUUUCCACGAAUGAACAGUGCACCAUCAAUUACUAGUCAACAAUAUAUACCUGGAAAUAAUAUCGGUGGUGGCCUUGGAAGAGAAAAUCCAGCACAAAAAGGACCUUCGUUAUCACAAAAUGCGAAUAUUCAAACGUUAACAAAUGAUCCCAGUUAUCUCCUCGUUCGCGUCAAACCACCUCCGGAACAUAUCCAUGAUAAAGUUUCUUUUACAUUCAAUAAUUUAUCACUUGCCAACAUAUCUGAAAAGGCGGAUGACUUAAGAGAAGUCCUGAGUAACGAUGAACAAUUAUGGAAAUGGGUUGGUCAAUAUCUCGUAAUGAAACGUGCUUCCAUUGAACCGAAUUUUCAUACGUUAUAUGCUGGUUUUGUCAACACGAUCAAUAUGACCGUUCUCUAUGAUACAGUAUUAAGCGAAACUCAUCGAAAUAUAAAAAUUCUUUUGCUUAGCCAGAAACAGAUGAACAAUAUCCCCGACCGAGCGUUGUUGAAGAAUCUCGGACAUUGGUUGGGACUUCUCACUAUCGGAAGAAAUAAGCCAAUUCUCGCGACGGAUUUGGAAAUCAAAUCUCUUGUUAUCGAAGCUUAUCAUAUGGGUUCCCAAGAGCUACUAUAUAUCAUUCCAUUUGUAGCGAAGAUUUUAGAAUCAUGUGCUCGAAGCAAAAUUUUUCAACAACCAAAUCCAUGGCUAAUGGGAAUUAUGUCCGUGUUCGCUGAAAUGCAUUCUUCGGAUAACUUUAAAUUAAACCUAAAAUUCGAAAUCGAAGUUCUUUGUCGACAAUUACAACUUCAACUAAGUGAUAUUCCAAUUCAUAAUAUCUUAUCCAAUAAAGAAUAUUUUGACAAGAUUGAAAAACAAUUGUCAUCUACAAGUCGCCCGGCAAUUCCGUUUCAAACUCAACAAUCUAAUCCUUCGACGACAUUAGCAUCACUCUACAAUGAUCCAGCAAUUCUCAAUUAUCAUCCACUUUCGUCUAGUCAACAAUCGUCUGCAACUUCAGCGAUCAUAUCGAUUCCUAUUCAAGCACCGCCAUCCUUAUCUACAACAUCACCAGGAUCAUCGUCAUCAUUGACACCUUCAUCUCUUCCACCCGUACCGAAAUAUAAAUUAUCAGACUUUAAACCAUCUAUUUUUCAAUCAUUGAGUUCAAUGCUCGAAAUCAAUCCAAAUAUUCCCCUCUUUCAACAUCAUCCACGUCUCAAGACCUACAUUCAUACUCCGAUUGAACAAGCAAUUAACGAAAGUCUUCUAACUGUUCAACGUUCGCUAAAAGUCGCCACCAGUGCUGCGGAGACCAUUGUAAAAAAAGAUUUUCUUUUAAAUCCCGACGAACAACAGUUGCGUACAUCUGCACGUAAUAUGGUUGCAUAUCUAAGCAGUGGCCUCGUUCUUAUCACAGCACGUCCGGCUCUCCAAGAUCAGAUUCAACUAUACAUCAAAACUCAUCUACAAACAGUUCUUGGCUUACCACCGGCACCUUCAGCAAAUUCAACAUCAACAAAUGUGAAUUCUAAUACGAAUGAUUCAACUUCAGCUACGGUAACUAAUGGCACAACAAAUUCAACAAAUGAUCAAGUCUCCAAUCAAGUACGUGAGAUGAUCCAACAAGCAGCAACGGAAAUUGCAGCGUCAAAUAUCGAAUUAUGCUGUUGUCUGUUACAACGAACAACAAUUCAUCGCGCUAUUCAAUUGAUCGAUCAACGUUUAGCAAGUGAUAUCGAAAUUCGACAACGUUGUCGCACAGAAGGACGACAAUUACCAUCCGCUGCAAGCAUCGCCGAAUUCCAGUCAGAUAGAUUAAUAGAACCAAUACGUUUACGCUAUGGACCGUUGUCAUCACAUCAAUUGGCAAUUUACGAAGAUUUUGUUCAUUAUAUUCCAGGUUUUAAACCAAGUGAUAAUGAAAAACGAGAUCUCGUUUCGAUGGACGAAACAGGUCCUUCGGUCUGGGAUCGUUUAAUUGCUGAAAUCGAUCAAACCAUUCAAAUUCAACAUAAUCAAACAUUCGUCAAUCCUCUACAACACUUACUCGAAAGUGUCAACGUUCUUCGUACCAAUCUACACAAUCAGACAUCGAGCAAUGCACCGCAAGCUGCAUUGGCCAAUGUUUUAAAUAUUAUCAUCUACAAUUUACUCGAACAUUAUACAGUUCAAUCUCAAAGUCAAGAUGGUGAAAAUUUAGAGCGUUUUAAAAAUGUUCAUAUGAGUGUUUUGAAAUUACUCGUCGAAAUUCGUUUACAUAUGUCAGUGAUUACUAAGCAAUUGACAAAGGCAUGGUUGGAAUGCCCGAAUGAUCUGAAAUUCAAUGUUUACGCUGUUAAUCAAUUGAUUCGAAAUCGUCUUUUGGAUAUUCGCCAAAUGGAUGGACAUGUCGCACAAUUAAUCGAUUCAGGAAACAAUCCAGCGCUUCAUUUCGCUGUCAGCUUUCUCCGAAAUUCUGUCAUUGAACAGCCAUGUUGUAUGGACACAGAUAUUGCGGCUAUACUUGAUUCACUUCAUCGUAUAUCAUUAAUUGGGAAACAACCUGCGGAAGCUGUACGAGAUCUAUUAGAAAUCAUUCGAUUGAAUUACACUUCAUUAACAGCAAAUAAUAAUGCGAAUUCCAAUGAAACAAAUGAGACAAGUACAACUUCGCCAGCGAAGACCGACAAACUGGCGAUUAUCUCACUGUCUGUUAUCAGUAAUGGUCAUAAGUAUUUAAUGUCCACAGAUGAAAUGGAAACAGCAACAAUCGCGAAUAAGGCGAAGCAUAUCUUGAGCGGUUGGGUGAAAUUAGCAAUGACACAAACAAAUCGACUUAGUCAACAACAAGCUUUUCAAGGCUUUUUUAAUCAAAUGAAUAUGCAAGGCUUAUUCCGUUCUGAUGAUACUAUCGCUAAAUUCCUUCGCAUGACAAUUCAAUUAUGUGUUAAUAGUGUUUAUGAUACUAUCCGUCAAGCACCACCCAUAACAUCGAAUUCGUCGUCAUCUGCAGCUCAACAAGCACAUUAUGCACGAUGUCACCAAGGAAUCGACGCACUUUGCCGAUUUUUAUCUCUUUUAACAACUCAUACAUCGGAUAAUAACAGUUAUGGUGCACGAAUUCAUUUAAUCAACCGAAUCUUAGGCAUCUUGGCUGCACAUUGUUAUGCUGAUCAUGAAGAACAAGGCGACCAAUUCCAUCCGUUAGCCUAUCAAAGAAUAAUUCUCAAUUUAUUCCAAGAAUCCACUGCCACUCUUUCGUCAUCAUCCCUAUUAAAUGCAACAUCAACAACGGAAGACUCAUCAGCAAAUGAACAUGUUAUGUACUAUAUUUACUUGGCAUUCACCAAUUGUUUGCAUCUUCUACGUCCGCAACGUGUACCCGGUUUUGCAUUUGCUUGGCUUGAAAUCGUUGCCCAUCGAACAUUCAUGUCCCGUUUACUUUUAUCAGGUGGUCGUUUCACUCAUCAAACUCAUCAUAUGUACGCGUUGUUACUUGUUGAUGCCUUACGUUUAGUCACACCAUUUAUACGAUCGGGCGAACAUCCAAAAUCAUUCCAAGUUUAUUUCAAAGGCAUUUUGAAGACCUUCAUGUUAUUAUUACAUGAUUUUCCAGAAUUUCUAUGCGAACACUAUUAUCAAUUUUGCGAUGCCUUACCAUUGAUUGCUCAUCAACUACGAAAUAUUGUUCUAUCCGCAUUUCCCAAACAUAUGCGUUGUCCCGAUCCAUUUUUGGUUAACUUUAAAGUUGAUACACUUAAUGACAUCUCCAUUCUUCCGGUGAUUGCCUAUAACUUCGCACAAAACAUCCAACCACCUAAAUUCAAACAAAACUUAGAUUCAUAUUUACGUACACGUGCACCAGUGACAUUUUUAUCCGAACUACGUUCCUAUUUACAGCAAGGUGCGGAUCCUGGCUCUCAUUACAACAUUCGAAUGUUAAAUGCACUUGUUCUAUACGUUGCUACACAAGCACUAUCAACAUUGAAUAACAAAACCAAUGGACAACCAUUAAUGUCGUCAAUAACUCAUUCCGCACAUAUGGAUAUUUUUCAAAAUUUAGCAGUGGAUUUGGAUACCGAAGGACGUUAUAUAUUUUUAAAUGCGAUGGCAAAUCAUCUGAGAUAUCCAAAUAUACAUACACAUUAUUUUAGUUAUACACUUUUAUAUUUAUUUGCUGAAGCUAAUUCAGAAGCUUUACAAGAACAAAUUGUUCGGGUUUUACUUGAACGACUUGUGGCUAAUCGUCCACAUCCAUGGGGCUUAUUAAUAACAUUUCUCGAACUUGUCCGCAAUCCAAACCUGAAACUUUGGUCGCGAGAAUUUAUGAGCAUUUCACCAGAUGUUAAACGCUUAUUGACAACACUCACACGUGGCUGUCCUCAUAUUCCUAACGCACCCGCAACUGGUCAACAACAACAAACGCAGCAACAAACAGCCAUCGUUAAACCCUAA